AUGCACCAGGAAAUUGAAACCCCAGUUGUCAUCGUGGGAGGCGGUGGUUGCGGCCUGGCUCUGUCGAGCUUCUUGUCUAACUAUGGGAUUCGUCAUGUUCUCAUCGAAAAGCACCUGGGUACCUCGCAACUACCGAAAGCCCACUAUCUCAACCAGAGAACCAUGGAGAUACUGCGCAGCCACGGCAUGGUCGACGAAAUCCUGCGGAAGACGUGCCCACCGCGUCACAUGAGCCAAGUCGCCUGGCAAACAUCGCUGGGUGGCACGGGUCCUACGGAUCGCAAAGUCAUCCACAAGUUUGAAUGCUUUGGCGGUAACGAGGGAACUGGAUACUCUGAAUCUUAUAAACGGGACGCGCCGCUGCGGUCAGGGAAUCUGCCGCUUCUUCGGCUUGAGCCGAUCUUGAGACAGAUUGCCGAAGAAAGAAACGCUGGCCAAGUAUUGUUCGGGCAUUCUAUGGUCGACUUUGCCGACGAGGGCGACACUGUCAAGGUCAAGACCAUGGAUCAGCAACAGAACGAGACUGUGUACCGCUGCCAGUAUCUAAUCGGCGCGGAUGGCGGCCGCACAAUCGGCCCUCGACUCGGAAUCAAGAUGGAAGGGCCGACUAACAUCACCGACAUGGUGUCGGUACAUUUCAGCGCCGAUCUCUCUCAGUACUGGGAUGAUCGCUACUUUGCCUGCCAUUUCAUCAACGGCGAGUGCGGAACCGUGUUUGAAAGCGGCGCACUUGUACCCAUGGGUCCGAACUGGGGAAGACACUCCAAAGAAUGGGUUUGUCAUUUUGGCUUUGCCAUGGAUGACGACAAACGCCACGAUGAGUCGGCGCUGGUUCCGAGGAUCCGGGAGUUGUUGAAGCUCCCCGAACUCGUGAUAGACGUGCACAAGGUCAGCCACUGGGCAAUUGAGAGAGUUCUUGCAGAUCGUUAUCGCGUGGGUCGAGUGUUUCUCGCAGGUGAUGCUGGCAACCGCCGCCCGCCCACCACCGGCCUGGGUCUGAACACGGCCAUCGAGGAUGCUCUGAAUAUUGCCUGGAAGCUGGCCUUGGUGCUCAACCAGAAAGCCGGCGACGAAAUCUUGAACACUUAUGAGUCUGAAAGACGUCCUGUCGGCCGUGUCAACUGCGACUGGGGCUUGUUCACCUUCAGCAACUCGUCGGUUAUCAACACUGCUAUCGGUCUAGUUCCUGGUCAGAAGGGCGCCAACAAGCUACGGUUCCAGACUCUCUUUGAAGACUCAGACAGAGGCCACAGCUUCAGAGCCCAAGUUUCUCGCAUCAUCGAUACGCAAGCUAUCGAGUUUUGUGCUCACGGGAUUGAACUUGGUUUCAGAUACUCAGAUGGCUUUUUGGUGCCUGACAGGAGCUUGCCUGAGAAAAGGGACCCUCUUGGGCUUGAGUAUUUCCCCACAACUCGCCCGGGACACCGUCUGCCUCAUGCGUGGCUAGAACUGGACGGAGAGAUUCUAUCCACGCAUGACUUGAUCAAGGGUCAGGUUGCAUUUGCCCUGAUAACAGACUACCACGGCCAAGCCUGGGUAGAAGCAGCGGAUGCCAUUUCCAAAAAACUGGGCAUUGCAAUUGUGUCCGCACAAGUCGGCGAAAACUCACCUUACAUGGACUACGAUGACCGUUGGAGUAGUUUGAGGGGAAUCCAGUCUGGAGGAGCUAUUCUUGUACGCCCUGACAACGUUGUGGCCUGGCGCCGUAUUCAUAAGAGUGAACGAGACGGAAAAGAGUUGCAUGAAGCCUUCUCAUUGCUCUUACCAUAG